GUUUUGUGAAAUUCACAUUACAGUGGUUUUUACGUCAAUAAGCGCUUAUUCUGAGGUCCGAGCCAGCGAAUAAGCAACGAAUAAUAGGACACAAGAAUUUGUUUACAUCAUCAACUUGAAUUCUUCCAAAUGACUGCGCUUUAGAACUUCCCAGAAUUCGACUUUCGCCGCAGGGGUUGUGGGCGACCGAAAUUUUUACUUGAAAACUUUAAUGAACUAAAGUUCUUCGGUUUAAUAUUAUCAAGAUGUCUUUAGGUGGUUACUGGAAGCGUUAUACGUACCCAAAUGGAGAUACGUAUGAAGGAGAAUGGAAUAAAGAUGGCAGAAAGCACGGAGAAGGAAUGCUGGUCCUGACGGACGGUACAAAGUUUGUAGGACACUUCACAGACGGUUUCUGCGAAGGAAUAGGACUGCUGAAGUUCCCCGACGGCACAUCAUACGCAGGGUACUUUGCUAAAGGGAAAUAUCACGGAGUUGGGACCUUUUCUAGAGUCGAUGGCAUGAAAUAUGAGGGCGACUUUGCGAACGGUCGAGUCGAAGGUCUUGGGAUCAUCACAUUUCCAGAUAACACUAACGGCAGACCCAAACAAGAAGGCUAUUUCAUGGGAACAGAACUUGUCAAUAACAACAAUGCUACUGAUAGCAUUCUUAAGGCAAGAGAGGCGACUAAAAAAGCGGCCGAUACAGCAAGGAGUGUCGUUUCAAAGACUGCGUGGAUGGGUCAAAGGCACUAAGUACUUUCUUUAAUAUAAGACUUACCAUAAAAAUCAAGCACAAUAAUUUUAUAGUGUAAAAGAACACAGAAUAAUGGAAAAUGUAUGUACAUGUAUACUAUACUUUGCAAGGUUGUGUUGCCUUGGUUACAGCUCGAUGUUAUAUAUAAGCUUUUAAAUUUACAUAUUAUAUUCAGAAGAAAAAACAUAAAUGGUAGCAUUUUCGAUUAUCAAAAAAAUUCUUUACAUGGCCAAAAAGUUUCAAACUUUGGGAGACUAAAUCCAUGGAUGUGGCUGAAUUUGGAAGUGCAGGUGCACCAAAAAUGUUUAAUAACAGCCAUAUCAGGACAACGAUAGAAAAGGGAUACUGGAUGAUGUUUGAUAACAGCAUCUAACAAUGUCCCAGAUCAAACAAGACCAAUUCAAAAUGUUUCAAAUGCUGUUGAAAGAUUCAGGCAUUCCUCCUUUGUCUGGGCCCUAAAGGUUGUAAAUUUACCAAUGAUUUCAAGUGCAUUUUUAUUAAAGUAUCAGGAAUUAUUGCUUACAAAAUCACCGCCUUAUAAAAAUGGCUGAACCCACCAUCUUUGCUCUUGUUGUAUUGACACUAUGUUUAUGUUUAAAAGUUAAUGUUAUUUUAGCAUGCAUGUUUGAAGGCCUUCAUUCUAGUUUAGUAUAAGAAUGCAGCACCUUUUGCUUUACAAAAAUAUAGUAUAUACAAAUUCUUGAUCCUAUUCAAUUAACAAAAUUCUACAUAAAAUAGAAAAUAUUGCCCAAGAAAAUAACGUUUUUUCAAAUAAGCACAUUCACCUAUGAUCAUUACAUGCCUAUGUAAACAAUGUAGUUGAUUUGCAUAUCAAAUAUAGAAUUGAAUAAUAAUUUUAAAUAUUUACAUAAAUUGUAUUGAUAGCUAAUUAUUGUAUUUGAUUUGUAAUAAUGAAAAAAAAAAUAUAUUAAAUGUAUAAUAUCAUAGUCUGGUAGGGUAACUUAUGUAGAGUGCUUUCAGUAAAAUUGUGAAACAAUCAAUACUAAAUUGUGCAAAAUAGUGCUAGUUGAACAAGCGUAAACAAAAGAACUAGCAUAAAAUAGCAUGACCAAUGUUUUACGCUUGUACUAAAUGCACCACAAAUACCACAGCGGUGUUUUGAAUGUAAAAGCUUUGCUAUUGCAAGUUGACACAUGGUGUCAACUUUUGUUAUUCAUUUUGCUAGUAAAUAAAGACCAAAAAAAGCUUUA